UUUGAAAAGAACAAGGCACAAAUUUUGGCUUAGGCUUGAAAUUAUAAGCAUAGUUGUAUAGGAAGUCUCAUGGAGGCAGUGGAAGGAGCUUCAAAAUCUGCCAUGGCGAAGGAAGAGGGUGAUAGUGCCCUCCUUGCCAGCCUACAAUCUCUUGUUCGUUCUCUCCAACUCAGAGUUAAGGAAUUGGAGGCUGAAAAUGUGAAACUGUUGUCCCAACUCACAAAUUGUUGUUGUAAUGAGAAGGAGAAGAUGGUUGAUGGCUCUGCUGUAACUGUUAGUAGACCUGUGGAGAAAAGUCGGGAAUCAAAAUCUAGUGGUAGUAACACCACAAAGAAGAAAGUGCAAGAGAAAAUAUCAGGUUACAACGCAAGCAUUGUGAAUUACCAGUGUAAAAGAUAUGUUGCUCUAAAAAUUAUGUACUUUGGACAGAGGUUUUAUGGUUUUGCUUCUGAAGCACAAAUGGAUCCAACUGUGGAGUCUGAAAUUUUCGGAGCUCUUGAGAAGACGAGGCUUUUAGUUGGUGACAAGAAGGAGUCACAAUAUUCAAGAUGUGGUAGAACAGACAAGGGGGUUUCUUCAGUUGGGCAGGUGAUUGCUCUCUUUGUAAGAUCAAAGCUCAAAGGAACUUUGCCAAACCAUGAAAAGUCUAGUGAAUUUGUUUCCAAAGAGCAAUAUGAAGGAGAAAUUGAUUAUGUGAGGGUGCUGAAUCGAGUACUCCCGAGUGAUAUACGUGUUUUAGGCUGGUGUCCUGUUCCAGUUGGUUUCAGUGCAAGGUUUAGCUGUUUGAGCAGGGAAUAUAAAUAUUUCUUCUGGGAAGAAAAUCUAAAUAUCUCAGCUAUGGAAGAUGCUGGUAAAAGAUUAAUAGGCGAACAUGAUUUCCGAAACUUCUGUAAAAUGGAUGCAGUGAAUGUGCACAACUAUAGGCGUCAUAUCUCGUCAUUUGCGGUUUCUCCUUAUGAUGUGAGGUUUGAUGGAAACCAGCUUUGGGCAUUUGAAAUCAAAGGUAGUGCUUUCUUGUGGCACCAGGUCCGUUGCAUGGUUGCUGUACUAUUCUUGAUUGGACAAGGUUUCGAAUCUCCAGAUGUGGUAGAUGCAUUACUGGAUACCACCAAGACACCAAGGAAACCUCAAUACAUCAUGGCUUCGGAAAUCCCUUUGGUUCUUCAAUCUUGUGAAUUUCAAGACGUCAAGUUUAUUUGUUCGUCAGAUGCUGGACUAGCUCUGCGUGUACACUUGGCAAAAGAAUGUCGGACUUUCCAGCUCCAAGCUGCUAUUUUCAAGGAAGCUCUGUUAAGCUGUGUGCCUAUGACAAAUGACCAGAGCUCCUUAAACAAUGGAAAAAUGAAGAAGGCUGCACAUGUUCCUCUCAUGUCACGCCCAACCGAGCCAUCAUAUGCAGAGCGACGUGCCAAAUUGAACUCAGCAGCGUGAAGAAUUUAUGGUUACGUUUUGAGGCAUGAUGGAAGAGCACGAAACGCAUCAUUUUGAAUCUGAACAUGGUAUAUAGGUCCCAUUUAUUUGCUGGCCAGGUGAUGCUACGCUACUCCCAAUCAGUCAAAAAAGGCAUGGCCAAUUUAGGCCUCAUAAACUCCAAUCAUUUUACCCACUCUUGGAUAUGCUUGUGGGGUCCAAAACUAAAGCAAAUUAUCUACCCCUAACUCUUUGGUUUGUUGUGCUUGUCGCGGUGCCUUAAAUCAACUUCUUGAUGUGUAUUAUUGUUAUUAUAGCUUUGGAAAAGUUGUACCAACUUUUCCCUUUUUUAUCCAAAUGUCCAAUUGAAAACAUUGAAUAUACAAAAAAAUUGGAAAAAAGUAUAAACAAAAAGUUGGUUGAAAUGCCUUUUUGGUAUGUGAAUAAGUUAAGGGGUGCCAUGCAUUUGUAAAUUCAAAUGUCCUUUUUUUUUUUUUUUUUGGGGGCAAAAAUAGGAGAUUCAGAUGUGUGGUUGCACCAGUGAAUAGACAUUCUCAUUUUGUCCUCUUUUAUUUUUUAUUUUAUUUUAUUUUAUAACCUAUCUAAUAAAGGGCAAAAGCCAUUUUGCCAUAAUUUAAACUCA